GAAGAAACGAAAUGACAUUGUUGAUUUGUCCGGAUUUGUUCACUCUGCGUCCGCCAUCCAGACACACCCUUCAAGUUGUUUUCAUUACCUACAGCAAACUCUGGUGAUUUGAUCCCAAUCAUUACCUCUUCGUGGUCACCGACGUCCAAGCACCGUCCACCAAUUCACACAUCAACAUUGGCCCCAGAACUACGAUGGAAGUGUACAUGUCAGGAUCAUCCCGAGGUCCCAAGCACCGCUAUCGGCCCACAAUGACAUGGAAUCAGAGUUCUCAUUCACGCUAGCAGCUCCUCUAGCGUAGCAUGGCACUGGACGUCCAGUGCCGUCCACAGGCUCCGGCCGGUGCUAUUCGCCGAAUAAGUCAAGUUCCAUAAUCCGGGGUCUAACAAGGGGAAGCCAUUGGACCCGGGACUCGGACAUAUCACGGUCGUCGGGCAAAAAAAAAGGAUCUGCCCUUGACCCCUCUCCUUGCUAUGUGUCUGCCCUCUGCCUUAUAACUGGAGUCAGGGAGCUCUCCCUUUCAGUUCCAGCUUUCAGGUAGCUCUUUUCCAGCUUCUCUCCAUCACCACUUACACCCACAGUCCCUCAAACACCAAUCAACAUGGCUCCCUUCCGCGUCGAACAUAUGGGGUCCCUCCUGCGGCCCCAAAACCUUCUCGACGCCCGUGAAGCCAUCCGUGACAAGGGCCUCUCCCCGGAAGAGGCCGGACUCCCCGCCAUCGAAAAGGAGGCGGUUGGCAAUGUCGUCAAACUCCAGCAAGAACUCGGCUUCAAGGCCGUCAACAGCGGCGAGUUCAACCGCACCCGCUUCUGGGGCUUGAUGUGGGACGAGUUUGAGGGGUCUGUCGCUCUCCAGGAAGCCGAGGCCAGCAUGUUCCGCCUUUACCACCCGGACGUCGUCAGCCUGAUUGAGAAGGACCGCAAGGUGAUGCCGGGCGACAGUGUCAUUGCGGGCGCCAAGUUGAGACACAACAGGGAGAAGAGCAAGUCGAACUUGCACGAGUUGAAGCUGGUGCAGCAGUUCACCCCGAAGGAGGAGUGGGCGAACAUCAAGUUGACCAUGAUCACCCCGGCCUGGUUCCACAUGCGCUACAAGCAGGGCAAGGCCUAUGCCGAAGGCGUGUAUGCGAAUGACGAAGAGUACUUUGCCGACGUGGCCAAGGUUUAUCAGGAGGAGCUCAAGAUGCUCUAUGAGGCUGGCUUAAGGAAUGUGCAGUUUGAUGAUCCUGGUUUGGCUUACUUCUGCUCCGAAGAGUUCCGCGCCGGUUACGCUUCCGACCCCGACAACACCGUCUCCAUCGACACUCUCCUCGACUCCUACAUCAAGCUCUACAACGACUCCCUCUCCCUCCUCCCCGCCGACUUCCACACCGGUGUCCAUCUCUGCCGCGGCAACUUCAUCGGCGGCCGCCACUUCGCCUCGGGCGCCUAUGACGUGAUUGCCCAAAAGCUUUUCCAAGAACUCAACGUCAACACCUUCUACCUCGAGUAUGACACCGCGCGCGCCGGCGGCUUCGAGCCCCUGCAAUACCUUCCCAAGAACAAGAAUGUCGUGUUGGGUGUGGUGAGCACCAAGCUGAGGGAGUUGGAAAGCAAGGAGGAGGUGAAGAGACGGGUGGAGGAGGCCGCGAGCUGGGUGGCCAAGGGGACCGGAGAGAGCAGGGAGGAGGCGCUCAAGAGAGUCAUGGUCAGCCCCCAGUGCGGCUUCAGUACCCAUGAGAGCGGGUACCCCCUCAGCGAGGACGAUCAGAGGGCCAAGUUGAGGUUGGUGAGGGAGGUUGCGGAUGAGAUCUGGGGGGAGGCCUAAAUCAAGUGCUAUGAGAAGGAGCUGGUUUUCCUUGCCGCAUGUUCAACCACGGUGUGGCAACAAGGUUAGCAGGAUUGGAGGGCAAAGAUGCAUCUGGUUGCGAGUGGGCGGUUGGCGUAUGAGAUUGUCGUUUAAUGGCAUGGGUAGCGUGGAGUACUGGAUAUCAACUUCCAGCGUGGCAUAGAUCAAAGGGAUGUUUUUUGAUUGGGUUCGUUAUAAUGAAAAGCAUGUUUUUUCCAGAGAUAUUCCUUGUCGAUUGCCAAACGAAGGCUAGCCAAGGUCAGUUAUACGUUAAACUUGCUCUCCUAAAUGGACAUGCCUAGCUAGGUAAGCUGUUCCUUUGGGAAGUUCCAAUACUAGUUUGUUUGCUUAUGACCUC